AUGGCGGCAAGCAGCAGCCAAUCCAGCCUCCCGGCUCGUGGCUACGAAGACGAGCUCGCGUUCCUCAAGCAGGAGACGCCGUACCGCUGGCGCAUUGAUCUCGGCUUCGUCCCUCAGAUGCGGGUGCCGGGGCACGUCUACGUCAACGAGGCGCUGCAGCCGCUGCUAUGGUCGGAGCUGCGGCAGUUCGCGGGCUCCUCGUCCACGUCCGGCUUCCUCCCAGCGCUCAAGCAGAUAGCCAACGUCGCCGCGCUCCCUGGCAUCGUCGGCCACUCCAUCGGCCUACCGGACGCCCACUCUGGCUAUGGCUUCGCCAUCGGCAACGUCGCGGCCUUUGACAUGGACGACCCGGACGCGGUCGUCUCACCCGGCGGCGUCGGCUUCGACAUCAACUGCGGCGUGCGGCUCCUGCGCACCAACCUCACCGAGGCCGCGGUGGCAGACCGGCGCGAGGCGCUCGCGCAGUCGCUCUUCGACCACAUCCCUGUCGGAGUCGGCUCGCAGGGCGUCAUCCCGUCCUCUUCGGACAGCCUGCAGCGGGCGCUGGAGCUGGGGAUGGACUGGUCGGUGCGCGAGGGGUACGCGUGGGCGGAGGACAAGGAGCACUGCGAGGAGAGCGGCAGGAUGCUGACCGCCUCCCCCGCCUCCGUCUCGGCGAGGGCGAAGAAGCGAGGCGUGCGCCCCCUGCUGGACCGAGCCACACGGGGCCCGAGCAAGAGCCCUCGGAGGCCCGUGCCGGACGCGCGCUCUCCGCCCCUCGCAGGCUUGCCGCAGCUCGGCACGCUCGGCGCUGGGAACCACUACGCCGAGAUCCAGGUCGUCGACCGGAUCUUCGACAAGCGUGCUGCGGCGCAGAUGGGCCUCGACUUUGAGGGCCAGGAGAGCGGCGGGCGCGCCUGUCUCUCCCCGCCGGCGUCUCCCCCGCUCACGCGCCGCCCAAGCGCCCAGGCCCACAGGACCACGCACCACGACCACACGCGUGUCACGCGCAAUCACGGUGAUGCCACACGCGAGUCCACACGCAAGACCACACUCCGGACCAGCCGGGUGGCGACGGACGCGCUGCUGCAGAUGGAGCGGGCGAUGGGGCGCGACGACAUCCGAGUCAACGACCGGCAGCUCGCGUGCGCGCGGAUCGGGUCCGCCGAGGGUAAGCAGUACCUGCAGGCCAUGGCGGCCGCGGCGAACUAUGCGUGGGCCUUCGCGCGCACCUUUGGCGCUACGCCAGACGACCUCGAGAUGGGGGUCGUGUACGACGUGUCGCACAACAUCGCAAAGGCGCCGCUGCUCGUCCACCGCAAGGGCUCCACCCGCGCCUUUCCUCCGCACCACCCGCUCAUCCCGCUCGACUACCAGUUCACCGGGCAGCCCGUGCUGAUCGGCGGCACCAUGGGCACGUGCUCGUAUGUGCUCACCGGCACGGAGAAGGGGAUGGCCGACACGUGGGGCAGCACCUGCCACGGCGCCGGGCGCGCAAAGUCGCGCGCCGGCUCGCGGCGGCAGCUCGACUACACCGAGGUGCUCGAGGCGCUGCAGCAGAAGGGCAUCUCCAUCCGCGUCGCAUCGCCCAAGCUGGUCAUGGAGGAGUCGCCCGAGUCGUACAAGGACGUGACGGAGGUCGUCGACACCUGCCACGCGGCGGGAAUCUCCAGCAAGUGCGUCAAGCUGCGGCCGAUCGCAGUCAUCAAGGGAUAG